UGCUGAGGCUUUGCUAAGGGACGGCUGCCCGCCAAUGGGCCACGGCUUAAAGCCUUUCUCUCUGCGUGUGGGGAGCGGGGGAACCGCUGAACACCCCGAGGUACCAUGGAGGCGGGGCAGCCCUCUCCGUCCUGGGGCGCAGAGAUCGGGGAGAUUUCGCCUCUUUAAACAAGGGGCCCGGCUCUGGUGAGAUCCGCGGGAUCCAGCGCUGCGCCUUCGGUGCCAGGAUGUAUGGAUUUAUAAACACAUGCCUGAAGUCUUUGGUGGUUGAAAAAUAUGGUGAAGAAACAUGGGAAAAAUUAAGAAUCCAGGCAGGAGUUCAGGACACAUUUCUGACGUUUGAAGUUUACAAAGAUGAGAUCACAAUGCAGCUAAUUGACAAAGCCUGCAAAAUGUUAGAUGUUCCCCCAGAUAUGGUUCUGAAGCAGUUUGGAGAGUUUUUCUUUGAAUUUUGCAAACGGUCAGGCUAUGACCAUAUGCUGAGAACAUUGGGUGGAAAUCUCUACGAGUUCAUCGAGAACUUGGAUGCAUUACAUAGCUACCUGUCUCUUUCUUAUCAGGAGAUGAAUGCACCUUCUUUUAGGGUAGAAAAGAAUGAAGAUGGGUCAAUGCAUUUGCAUUACUACUCAGAUAGAAGAGGUCUGUGCCAUAUUGUUCCAGGAAUCAUUGGUGCAGCAGCCCUGGAUUUUUUCAACACUGAAAUUUCAAUGGAAAUAGUCAAUCAAACAGAGGAGGAAGAAAGAACUGGGAAAAAAGAACAUAUAGUUUUCCUUGUCACGCAAAAACCUGUUUUUUCAUACAAAAAGAGAAAUAAAUUCUCUUCCCCACCACAAUACAUUGCUGACUCUGGAAGGCGAAUUGAGAAACAACUGAAUAAAGAGGGUAUUGAAAAAAACAUGAAGAAGAUUAGAGACAGAAGAAGCCUUGUUUCUGUUUGUCCCGCCAAGAAAAAUCACUGGGAAACAAUCAGAGGAAUCGUUACACUAGGAAGAGGUAAACUUCUGAGAGGAUUUGAUCCUGCUUAUCCUACAACGCUCUGGAUAGAUACAAAAACAUUUUGCAAUGGACUUCCUUUCCAUAUUGUUUUUGAUGAAGAGCUCAGAGUAAAGCAAGCUGGGGUGAGCAUUCAAAAGAUUGUCCCUGGCCUUCAGACCCUGGGCAUUCGCCUGGAUCAUUACUUCAGUAUCGUGCACCCAGAAGUGACAUUCACCAUCUCUAGUGUUCAGAAGUUUAUCAACAGUCAAUUUGUUUUCCGGACUAGGAGAGAGAUGAUGCCAGAGUCAUGGAAACAACGUCCAAUGCUAGAGUUGAGAGGCCAGAUGAUCUGGAUGGAGUCUCUGCAGUGCAUGCUCUAUCUCUGCUCACCUUUACUGCGCACUUUGCAUGAGUUGGAAGAGAGACAGAUGCAUAUUGCGGACAUAGCACCUCAUGACGUUACCAGGGAUUUGAUUCUUCUCAACCAGCAACGGCUGGCUGAGAUGGAGCUCUCCAACCAGCUGGAGAGGAAGAAAGAAGAACUGCGGAUACUCUCAAAGCACCUGGAGGAAGAGAAGAAAAAGACAGAAGCUCUGCUCUACGCCAUGCUUCCAAAGCACGUGGCCAACCAGCUAAAAGAGGGGAAACGAGUUGAGGCAGGAGAGUUUAAAGAAUGCACCAUAUUGUUCAGCGAUGUUGUGACCUUUACCAACAUUUGUGCCCAGUGUGAGCCUAUUCAGAUAGUCCUCAUGUUAAAUUCAAUGUACCUACGAUUCGACAGACUAACCACAGUGCAUGAUGUCUACAAGGUGGAGACAAUAGGCGAUGCCUACAUGGUGGUAGGAGGUGUCCCUGUGCCUGUAUCUACGCAUGCUGAGCAAGUUGCGAACUUUGCCCUGGGAAUAAUCAUAGCAGCCAAAGAAGUCAAGAAUCCGGUUUCUGGAAAACCUAUCCAAAUUAGAGUUGGGAUCCACACAGGACCUGUCCUGGCUGGAGUAGUUGGAGAAAAGAUGCCUCGUUAUUGCUUGUUUGGAGACACCGUGAAUAUAGCUUCCCGGAUGGAGAGUCAUGGGGUUCCAAGUAAAAUUCACCUUAGCCCCACUGCCUAUUACUGCCUAAAGGACAAAAAUUUUGAGAUGACUGAAAGAGGAGAGAUUGAAGUGAAGGGCAAAGGGAAAAUGCAUACAUAUUUCCUGAUUAGAAACAGGACUGCAACUGAGAAUGAGAUCAUGGGAAACCCAAUAAAGGAAUCAGAUUCUGACCAUGAAUCUGUUCAGUCCUUUCAUGAGUCCAGGAUCAAAAUGAUACAAAGUUCAUGUCAGCAAGCUAUGCAGCCCAGUUCAGACCAGGAUCAGCCGCCAACCAUAGCAAUGAAGUACAUUGAUGGUCCCACAGAAACACAAGCCAGUUACAAAGGAAGAAGUCAAGAAAGAAUUAUGGAUUUAACAGGCAAAACACAUGACUUUGAAAGCUACGGACAUCUCCAUGAUGACCAGCAGCCAGGCAACGAUCCUUAUCUGCCCAACCAGGAAAGAAUCAAACCAGCACCUGAAGAACCACAGAACAGAAAUGUCAGAUCCAAUUUUUGCAAUUUAAUUUAAGCUGCUGACUUUUAAAGUUAAACAGGGUAACCAGCUAUCAGUCAUCUCCUUGCUAGGAGGUUGCAAGGGUCAGCGCAUCCCACAGCAGCAAGGGGGCUGGGCAGAGUAUGGGGCUCCACUCUGGAAGGGAAUUAGCGCUUGAAUGGCUGAAUAAUGUCAUUUGCCCCUUCUCCAGUUUGGAAGCUCACACAACUGCAUCACCCAUGAAGACCCCUCUAGGCCAGCAGUCAGUAAGGCAAAUUUGAUAUAUACUUGGUCAUUUUCCACUGAAAACACUGUGAAUGUUUAAGAUGUGAAAUAUUUUAAAUGCCAGUAACUAGUCCAAUUCUGAGCACUAUUGAAUAAUUUAUUCCAGGGGUUCUCAAACUGUGGGUCAGGAUCCCAAAGUGGGUUGCAACCCUGUUUUAAUGGGGUCGCCACGGCUGGUGUUAGAUUUGCUGGGGCCCAGGGCUGAAGCCAAAGCGUAAGGGCUUCAGCCCUGAGUGGUGGGGCUCAGUUUACAGACACCCCCCUGCCUUUGUCCUCCCUCUCCCCCCCCCCCCCGGUACCGGGGCGACGGGGCUGGGCUCAGGCUUCGGUCCCCCCUUUUGGGGUCGUGUAGUAAUUUUUCUUGUCAGAAGGGGGUCGCGGUGCAAUGAAGUUUGAGAACUGCUGAUUUAUUCUGUUAAGUUUUAUUUCAUGCUCUCUGUGUGUGUCUCUCUGUGUGUGUGUGUACUUUAAAUGUACAUGGGCAAUGGCUUCAGUAUGUACUCUCUUAUACAAAGUCCUUCUAACGUCUCUCAUCCAGAGAUCCAUCCAAGAUAUCCUAUGGGCACCGGGUUUUAAAAAAUAAAUUAUAGCUGCACAUCAUCACGUGUUCUUAAAGCAACAAACACCGCUAAAGAUGUUGAAAUAAAGGGGACUAGACACACAAAAUAAAUACUUUGGGUUUUACUUCACUAUUCAUGAUUUUUAACAAACACUAUGGAAAGUUAGUGCAGGUUUGUGCUCCUAAAUCAACUAGGUGAUUUUGAAAAUCCCACCCAUAGUGUCUUACAAAAAAAUCAAAACUUAUUGCUAAAAAAGAACCUGAGGUAAAAUUUUCAAAAGCACCUAGAGGAGUUAGGCACUUUUGACAUUUUUUACCCAUAACUAACAAUGUAAUUUCAAGUAGAACUGGGGAAAACAGUGCCAAACUCUCAAAACCUUCCCAUUUUUCAGUAACUUUUUCAUUGGUUCUGUUCCCCCCACCCCAUUUUUCUACCCACUUCUUAUGAACACUGAAGCAAUAACAUUUUACUGGCAAAAAUGUUCAAGGAAAUUUAAUUUCUAGGUUGCAGCCAUACUAUUUAUUACUUCUACUGUGAACAGAAGAGCCCCAUUGUGCUAGGGAAUGAACAUACACAUAGUAGGAAACAGUGUCAGCUCCAGCGACCUUACAAUUUAAAUAGACGUCAGAAAAAGAGUGAGAGAAAAGAAAUCUGAUUGCCACUUUACAGAUAGAAAACCAAGGUACAGAGAGAUUAAGGCUCAGAUUUUCAAAGUUGUGUAAGGGAUUUGGAUGCCCAGUUUUCAUUAAGCCUGGGAUAUUCAAAGGAGUCUAAGGAUGUUAGAUCACAAGGAUACAAUUUUCCAAAAUACCUAAGUGACAUAGGAGUCUAAAUCCCAGUUUCAAAAGCAACACAGACAGUGACUUUCAUAAACAAACAUUUUAAUUUAGAUUCCACAUUAAAAGAAAAAAUAUUUCUAGUUGAUUCAGGGGGGAAAAAAUCAGAAAACCAGUGAGACAUUUCAACUGAAACAAAAAUUUUAUUUUGUUUUUAAUUUAUCUGUGCAAAAUAGUUCCUAUUUUUCAACCAGUUCUUUUAAAAGCAUCACUUAUAUUUAAAUAUACAGGAGAAGAGAACACUCAAAUGAAUAAUAAUAAAAAAACAUUGUAGAAGCAGAAACCCGUAUUGAUCUAAAGAAGUCAAACUUGAACUGCUCAAAUAAUUAGGCAAAAGAUUUGCACUAGUUAUGUGAAACUCUUGACCAGAAAUACAGACCCUUUCAAAGGGCCGGUGACUAAAGCUUAGUAAAUAAUUCACAGUGUAUAGUUUAUUUGAUGCAUUUAGACUUUUUCCAUUUAUAUUUGAUGAGCAGCCCACGGUUCUUGCAGAUGUAUUCAUUAUUCAAAAUCAUUUGCCAAAUAAUUUAUACAAAUAAUUCUUAAUUUUUAGCUCAUCCACAUGCAAAUCACUGUCAGCAUGCAUGAUCUAACAUUUAAAAUUCAAGCAGUGUUGGUUAGCUUUGGUUGAGCCCAUUGGUCAUGAGGCAUUGUUAAUGUUCUGUGACUCUGAUUCAGGAAAGCACUUAAGCAUGUCCUAAAGUCUCACCGAUUAGGGAUGCUUUCCACAUUCUGAAUCUGACUGAACGUACACUUAGAAUCUAGUUUCUGGUGAGAGAAAGCUUGUGUUUGCAAAUAUAACAAUUCACUUUCGGCAAAUAUUUUCUAAAACUAGCUGUUCAUUAGGCUCUCCUGCCACUAAACUUAUUUGCAGGCAUAUUCACAAAUCAUGAACAAAUGGAGCCAAAAGGAAAUCAGUUUUUUAUUAGAGUGACUAUCUGUGGAAACAGUUUUUGAGCUAUUCACCCAGUUCUACUUGCAACAUUACAAAGCAGCUAUACUGGACCCAAACGGAACAUGAAAAACAACAUGAGCAGGGAGAUCACACAAUCACAUCUCAGUGAGAAUAUAAAAGAUUUUUUUCUAAAAAUGACAAACUAAACUUUAAAAUUUCAGAAAUGAGACAUGGUGAGAAACUUUUUUACAAGAACACGUUUAGCUGAAUGUAAAUUGAUGGAGUAAACUCUCAGUCAUUACUCUUAAAAUAUUUAGAUAAGUAUGUUGUUUAAGUUCAGUCAAUUGGAAUAAAUUCCUUCUGUAGCCACAUACUAUAUUAAUCAUGUGUAUAAACACCUCCUCUUCGUGCUUAUGGUUUGUGAUAUGCAGACACCUGGACAAUGUAUAGAGAAAUAGGAAUGUAUGUGCAAUAUUUCCAGUUUGUAAAUAUUUGUAGCCAAAUUAAACAAUGUUUUGGCAAUGUCUAUUUCUUUAAAUAACUGGAGCUGGGUGAAUAGUUCACAAUAAAUAAUUUACUUGAUGAGUUU